AUGAACGAUUCUGACAUAGAUGCGUUGGGAGUCAGGGUGCUCGAUAAUUUUUGUGCGGAUCUUGCCCCAUCCCUUCCCGAGACAGAGGAGGAUGAUGGUUCUAUAUCCCUAAGGGACACUACCCCUAUCGAGUCUCAGGCAGUUAGGUCCACGGAGCCCGGUUGUGAGGACCGGGUGGAGGAUCAAAGCAAGCCUAAACGCAAGUGGAAGCGAAAGAUUUAUCCAGCUUCGGCGUUGUUUGGGCCUCCGGAGGAUAAUUUCAUAUCCUUGGAUGAGUCCAGGGUCGAGGAUGUUCCUCAACUUGCUGCGGGUGAGAAUGAUAUUUUGACCGCCCCAUUUUCGGAGAAAGAGGUUGGGACUAAUAGACUCACGCAGAUUGCGCACUCUAUGGUGCAGUCGUCCCAAACUGCUUUCAUGCCGGACAGAAACAUCCUAGAAGGGGUUGUGGUCCUUCAUGAAACGCUCCAUGAAAUUCACACAAAAAAACUAGACGGGGUUGUUUUCAAAGUGGAUUUCGAGAAACCGUACGAUAAAGUCAAAUGGCCAUUUCUUCAACAGGCCUUGCGUAUGAAAGGUUUUGAUAGGGCCUGGAGACACCAGACACAUAAAGGCCUGAGACAAGGAGAUCCGAUGUCACCUAUUCUAUUCAACAUAGUAGUCGACAUGUUGACGAUUCUAAUAGGAAGGGCUAAGGAUGAUGGUCAGGUUAUCUUCCGAGCCACUAUGUUGAUCCGUAUGUGGUCGCUACUCACUCCGACGGAGGCCAGGGAGCGUAUGGUUACUGGAUCUAUCCGAUGGGAGAAGCGAGCAAAAUCAGAGCCACCAAAACUACAGAUUGAAACUUGGAGGAUUUUGUUGGCCACAUCAUCCGAGAAAAAGGCCCUCGCCGAAUCUUCAUUCCAAGUCCCACUCUCCUCAUCAAUCAAACAGUGGACCUUGGCCGAAACAGGGCGCACGUUCUUGUACUGGUUCGGAGCCAAGCCGACACUGUGCAUCGCCGACGUGAACGUGGUGAAGCAGGUGCUCUCCGACCGCGGCGGGCUGUACCCCAAGAGCAUCGGGAACCCGCACAUCGCCCGCCUGCUCGGCAAGGGGCUCGUGCUCACCGACGGCGACGACUGGAAGCGCCACCGCAAGGUCGUCCACCCGGCCUUCAACAUGGACAAGCUCAAGAUGAUGACGGUGACCAUGUCCGACUGUGCCGGGUCAAUGAUGUCCGAGUGGAAGGCAAAGAUGGACAAGGGCGGCAGCGUGGAGAUUGACCUGAGCAGCCAGUUUGAGGAGCUAACCGCGGAUGUCAUCUCCCACACGGCAUUCGGAAGCAGCUACGAACAAGGGAAAAAGGUCUUCCUCGCGCAGAGGGAGCUCCAGUUUCUUGCCUUCUCCACCGUUUUCAACGUGCAAAUCCCAUCAUUCAGGUACCUUCCAACUGAAAAGAACCUCAAAAUAUGGAAGCUUGACAAGGAGGUGAGGACCAUGCUGAUGAACAUCAUAAAAGGCCGCCUUGCCACCAAAGACACCAUGGGCUAUGGCAACGACCUCCUCGGGCUUAUGUUGGAGGCGUGUGCGCCGGAGGACGGGCAAAAUCCGCUUUUGAGUAUGGAUGAGAUCAUAGAUGAGUGCAAGACAUUCUUUUUUGCCGGGCAUGACACCAGCUCGCAUCUGCUCACAUGGACCAUGUUCUUGCUGAGCACGCACCCCGAGUGGCAGGAGAAGCUCAGGGAGGAGGUGCUAAGAGAGUGUGGCAACGGUAUUCCCACCGGUGACAUGCUCAACAAACUGCAGCUGGUCAACAUGUUCCUACUAGAAACUCUCAGGUUGUACGCACCUGUAUCGGCCAUUCAGAGGAAGGCGGGUUCGGAUCUCGAGGUUGGUGGCAUCAAAGUGACCGAAGGCACGUUCCUAACGAUCCCCAUCGCGACGAUACAUCGCGACAAGGAGGUCUGGGGAGAAGAUGCCAACAAAUUCAAGCCUAUGAGGUUCGAGAAUGGAGUGACAAGGGCCGGAAAGCACCCCAAUGCAUUAUUGUCUUUCUCCAGUGGGCCGAGGUCAUGCAUAGGGCAGAACUUUGCAAUGAUCGAGGCCAAGGCCGUGAUCGCCGUGAUUCUUCAGAGGUUCUCAUUCUCCCUAUCACCAAAGUAUGUCCAUGCCCCCAUGGAUGUGAUCACGCUGCGGCCUAAGUUUGGGCUUCCCAUGAUCCUCAAGAGCCUAGAGAUGUAA